CACAUAUACGCCUGACUUCUCAGAGGCUCAUUCCGGUCUGAGUGCGGAUGAGGCGAGCUCGGCCAUAAUCCGUCCUCCCAAAGCUACUUCUCUUCCAAACAGCUACUUCUUUCCUCCUCUGACGGGAGGUGGGGCUUUCGCCCUUCAAAACUUCUCCAGCUUCGCAGCGUCGCAGAGCUGAGCUGAUGCAGCCCGAGCAGACGAGCUUUCCGCGCUCCCGCUAACGCAGCUCCUUCACUCGAGCUCUCUCCGCUUCGCCGUGAAUGCGUGGGGAUAUAAGCUUAUACGGACUAGCAGGCUUUGAAAACUGAGCUGCUGGAGUGCAAACACGCAAGAGAGAAGCCCGAGAAGAGCAUCACGAUGCGAGCGAUAAACCUGGACACCUACAGCCUGUCCCUGCUGACCGCCAAAGAGGACAUCCUCAACGCCAAGGCAUCGACCAACUGGGCGUUGUUCACAUAUGAUGGAGUCACCAACAACCUGAAGCUGUCUGAUUCUGGUGCCGGAGGGUUGCCAGAAUUGACCAAGAAGUUUCACAAUGCCAAACCCAUGUAUGGACUUUGCAGGGUGAGCCCGGCAGAAUCGGGGCAGCCACGGAUAGUCAUGAUCUGUUGGGUUGGAGAGAAUGUGGAUGAGUUUCGACAGACGGAAUGUGCAAGCCAUGUAUCAGCAGUCAAAAACUUCUUCAAGGAGGCACAUGUUUUUAUCAGCGCCUCUAGUACAGAUGACGUGACAGAGGAAAAGGUUGAAGAAAUUCUGGCAAAAGUGCAGCCGCCAAUGGAGAGACUGAGAAGAAACUCGAGACCGACAGAGAAAGAAGAGACAGUGGGCACGAACUACAGGAAGACGAACGCUGCCAUGGAGAUGAAACGGAUUAACAGAGACUCCUUCUGGGCACGAGCAGAGCGUGAGGAAGAGGCGAGGAAAGAGGAGGAGAGGAGGAAGGCUGCGGAGGAGAGAAGGCGCCGGGAGAGAGAGAGAGUCCUGCAGGAAAGGAAGGAGGCAGAGGAGAGGGACAGGAAGAUGGAUGAAAAACUACAGAUGAUUGAAGAGCGAAGGAGAAUGGAGGCCAAGCUUGAAGAAGCAGCCAGGAGGCGGGAAAAGAGUCGAUGGGAGCUGCAGCAGAGAGAGCAUGAAGAGGAUAUGAGGGCUCGUCUCAGACGCAGUGAGUCCAUAGAGAAAGCUGCUGAAGCAGCAGCACUGGUAUCUCAGCGUUCCAUGAACCCGCGGGAGUUUUUCAGACAGCUGUCCUCAUCGUCCCAGAAUUCCUCCAGCCCUGUAUCCCCACGCUCAGGCAAGCCUCCAUACCGUCGUUACCAGCGCAGUUUGACGGACACAGCCUUCAUCUUUGAGCGGGCCAGUGCUGCCAGUGGCUCCACUUCUCCGCUUAGCCCCACUCUUACCUCCCCUUUCUCUCGCACGCCAACGAGCCCCUUUAAUCGGGCGAUGUCCCCCACCAGUCCUACUUUCCGUCCGGUCACGUCUCCACCAUGCCCUCGCACCCCUGUAAGAUCUCCUCCUACAUCACCGGCUCAGCGGUCUGCUCCAGCUGUGGCCUCUCUGCCCAGCCCACCAGUGUCCAGACCACCUCCUCCACAGUCCUCCCCACCAAGUCUGCCUGUUUCUUUGGCUUCCGCUCCCCCUAUAUCUCCAGGCCUGCAGGCCAGCAUGACUGAGAGUGAAUCAUUCAGCCCAGGUGUUAACAACCAGGAACCUGCUGCCUUUCCAGAAGCUCCUACUGCACCCCUGCCUGAGAGUCCAGUUCAGUUUAAGGAACCUGCUGCCAACACCCGCAUGUUGAGUGAACUAAAGCCAGAGAUGGACUUCACAGUCAAGGCUGUGCUAGUAGAAGAAGAUGAAGAGGAGGAGGAGGAACCAGAGGAACCAUGCACGAUUUCCUCUCCACCUUCAGAAACCAAAACAACCAUGAGUCCAGAUGUAGUUGAACUUGAGCAGCCCACUGUGCCAUGCAUGGAGGCCAGAGUCCAGCCUGUGGUCAGCUCUCUUGUGGAGGUAGAAGAACCUACAGAGGAUGAAGAACCAGAGCAGGAGCUGGAACUGGCCGAAGAGACUGAAGAGUUUACUUCAAGUGUGGACCAAGCAAAGCUUGAAGCCUCAGGCAGUGAAAAACCAGCCCCGGUGGAACUCCCAGAAGAUGAGAUUGAGGCAGACAUUACAGAUGACACAGAAGAGUGCUUUAAGGCAUCUGAGAAUGGAGUGACUGAAGAAGUAAAGCCAGACCAAAAUGGUGUAUGUCUUCAGAAUGGUACAGACUGUACUGUAUAUGUCCUCUAUCAAGUCAAGGAAUAUGCUGAUUCCUCUGAGGAAAGCACACCAGAAAAGUGUACUUACAUAGUCAAUCGUGAGGAGACUGAUGAAGAGGAUGUCCAAAUAGAGACAUCGGAGAACGGAGAGUUAACAGCUGGCAGACGACUCCUGUGUGUGCGAGCACUCUAUGACUACCAAGCAGAGGAUGACAGUGAGCUUUCCUUCGAGCCUGGCGACAUCAUCAGUGACGUGGAAACCGUGGACAAAGCCUGGUGGCGGGGCUUCAGCAAAGACGGCCGCCAAGGUCUCUUCCCUGCCAACUAUGUAGAGACCAUCUAAGGACUUUUGCUUUCUACCAGAGACAGUCUUCCUCAUGCCCUUAGAUUCAGUACCAACCCUCAGGGACAGGGAAACUUUGACCAGUAGAGGGAGCCAAAGGGUGCCCCUGAUCUGCUGGAUAAACCUUAGUGGAGGUACUAAGAGAAUAAGGGAACAAAAGACACAUCAAAAGGAUCUAGGAAUAAGGUAGAUGUCCAAGAUCAGAGCUUAGCCAAGGUUGGUUGAGGAUUAUGAGGAAUUUACCUAUUCAUGCUCCGCCCACAAAUGCAUUAUUUUGUUGUAACUUUUGUAAGGUUGGACAAGCUUUACAGAACACUGGCUAAAAUCUCACCUAACCUAAAGAGGCACCGUUACACACAACCCAAAAUAUGGAAAAGCAAGUGCCCUAUUAAUUUCAAAUUCUUUUCGUUUUAUAUGUGUGUUUAUGGUCAGAUCGUUGGAUCGGAUGUAGACUUUUUGUCAUCAAUUCAAGGUAAUGUUAGCAUUUUGGCAAAUUUGUCUGGUUUACAUUAGCCACAACAUAGUCUAGUUCAGUAGCGCAGCAUCUGAAAAGUCAGGGCUAUCUUGCAAAUCAGAACUUAAUUUGGUUCAGUGGGAUUUUUACCAGCAUUCUGCAAAGCAGUGGUCACUAACCUUGGUCCUGGAGAUCUUUCCUGUAGAGUUUUUGUCCAACCAUAAUCUGUAACACCAGCUACAGAUAAUUAACUUCUAAAGAGGUCCCUGAUUGGCUGGAUCAGAUACAUUGCUGUUAGGUAAGGGGGUGUAGCCAGCAUGAUAGAUGCAGGUUGGAACUCUGUGGGACAUUAGGUUUUCAUAAGUUGGUGACCACUGCUGUAAACCUUGUACAGUCUCAUAGGAAUAUGCUGCAUUUAUUUCUUUAUAAGUGGGAGCUUGGCAUCUUCCAACUUAGAAUAAUCUCCCACUUUCAAUUUAAAAGCAUUCAUGCAGCUUCGUGCAAGUCUGGAAAGAAAUGGAACGAUCACAAUAAUGUAUCACUUGCUUGGCUGCUACGUGCGCAUAAAAUCUCAUUUUAAAAGUGGUUGUAGGCAAUGGCAAUUUACUAUUACAACAGUGCUGAAAAAUAACACAAAAGGCAGCAGCUUGAUCCAAAUCUUGCACAGAGCAUCUUAACCUUACAUUUAUCCAAGAAUCCCUGUUUAUCAACAUCAUACAUAAAUAGCAUAUUGCAGAGAGAAACACAAAGACAAAAAUGUAGCUUAACAACUUGCAGAAGUUGGAGCUCUUGAAAAACUCUGACUUUCCAAGUGGGAAUUAUGGGUUGGAGGUCAGAAAUCUCCCAGUUCCCACUUGGUCAUGAAUGCAGCCGUAGUUACGAAAGAAUGCAUUUGUGGGCGGAGUAAAGAGAGGUCAGUUGCGAGUCAGGUUGCUUGAAGCUAACCUGAAAUGAUCUACAGAUGAUUCUUCUUCAGAUUUUUCUUUACUUAUGAUUUUGCUCUGCAGAAUGUUUGACUGUUGGUUAUGUUUCUAACAUGUAAUCUAAGUCAAUCAUGUCCUUUAAAUUCAUUUUGAUACUGGCAGUUGUACGACUUUGCAAUGUUAAUGUUAGAUACAGUAACUAUAGGCCUACAUUAGAACUGCAUUUAGAGCAUGUAUGAAUUCCAUAAUUUCAUGUUUGUAAUAGGGAUGUUCCCUAUAUUUACUUACAAAAGGUUCUAUGGUGCUGCUGAGCAGAUUUUGAUCUUUUUUUAUAUAAAUAUAUAUGUUCUGUGUUGUAAUUGUUACAGUGAGGAUAUCCUUUCUUCUAAGCAACAGCUUUUUAAGACAAAAUAAGAUGCCAUCAUUGAUCAUGUACUAUAUUUUUGGAGGGGAUCAGUGCCCUUGAGGGUGAAAUAUUCAUAUCAUUAAACACAGGCUUGUUAAGUUUUGUAACAUCAUACCAAAUAUAUACCACCAGUGUGAGUGAUAAAGAGCUACAGUUGCUGUGAGACCAUAAUCUAUUCAAUAACUUUUAUAGCAUGAAGUUCAAUAGCACAACCUAUUUUCAGACUAACUUCUUGUUUUUUUGUGAUAUAAAAUACUUUUACGUAGAGGUUCAAGAGCAAAUUUUAACUCGGCGUUAUAACUCUGGUAGCUUAUUGUUCAAGCCUGUACAGACAGUUUUUUUAUUUCAUUAUUUUCUAUCACAUAUGUUUCAACACUUUUCUCUGAUCCAGCACACUUUCAUGUUAAGGUAUUAGGUGAAUGAAAUGUUUGUUAAUGAGUAUUUUUAUUCAUGCAGCAUGAAUCCUUUUUAAUCCAUGCACAUUAACUUUUGGGCACUCAUAUUAUGGAGCACCAGAUGCACACUUGUUUUCAUAUUGUUUGUUUAUCUGGAAUAUCAUGGCUGUCAUAUCCAAAAUACCUGUAUUUUGUUGCAUGAAAUUAAAAAAAAUUAAAAGAAAAGACUGAAUCUUUCAGUAAAGGAUUUGGACCAUCA